GUCUGAAGAAAAAUACAAAAGAGCCUGUUAUCGAAGCUUUAAAUGAUGGUGAUAAUGGGAAAAUACAAAAGCCAGCUCCUGUAGUUAAACGAGAUCGAAAGAAGAAGGAGCCUAUUAUCGAAGCUUUAAAUGAUACGCCUAUUAAUCAAAAGGAAAAUAACGAAGUUCGUAGUGAUGAUGAAUAUAUUGAUGGCAAUGACAGCAAAGAUGAUGACGUUAAUGAACUUUUAGAAACAAACGAUAGCUAUCUUUCAGAAGAUGUUAUAAGUGUCAAACAUAAACCUCUUGCACUGAUUACAAAUAACAUGCAUAUUAACAAGCUUUGUAAUAACUCGUUAAAUAAUUCAAACGAAGCAACUGAUAGAACUUUAAAUUAUAAUUCACAUUUAAUUAAUACACCUUGUUAUACUACACCACAUUCAUCAGCACGUUCAACUAAUACAUGUCUAUCUACCCCAAUACCAUGUUCAUUAUGUUCGACUGAUACACAUUUAUCUAUAACGUAUAAUGUGCAUCCAUUUACACCACGUACGCUGCAUUCAACUAAUACGCGUUUAUUUACAUCUCACUCUAAUAAUACAAAUUUUAAUGAUAAUGUUUUUUGA